UUGUAGACUGAAGAGAAGAAAUAUCAGUACAUAAACAAAUAUCACGUGAAUACAGCAAUGAAGGGAUAAUAGUGUUUACAUUGUCAAUGAAUAAAAUUAGUUUAAUGUGUCAUUACAUAAUUUUUCUGACGUUUGAUCAGGCCGAUCAGAUAUUAAACAGUGAGUUUGUGUUGUUAAGAUCAAAGCUGAUAAACUAACGCCAUGUCCAAACUCGAGCACCUGAACGCCAAGGUCGCCAAACUACUGACGGUUGCAGUUCACGAAGUUCUUGAGAUUGUGAAAGAGACCUUCACACAACAUCAGGAGAAAACCGCGAGAACGCAGCGAGAAAAUGAGCGACUGCGCGAGAAACUACGAGAAGCGUUGGAUAAGUUGGCAAAAGAGAGAGACGUUUCCAGACAUGCUGCUGUGUCCAGAUCAUUUAACUGCGCUGAUCAGCAUCAGAUGAACAAGCUCUCACACUUGAGGUCAAACUCCACUCAGACUGAAACACAGAGCGACUGCAGUCACAUGACUGAUCCAGAGACAGUGUGUGACCUCAGUGUCGCUCUGACGUUAGCCGAAUGUCAGAAGACGGUUUCUGAGAGCAGACCAGUUUCAAACGACUGCACACCUGCAAAAGUUAAAUGCAACAAAGGCACUGAUUCACUCAGCACUGUGAAAAGGAAACGACACGCUUCACAUGGAUCAAACACAUCAUGUGCAGUCAGCAAACCUGACGUUACCAUUAAGCACAUUAAGAGAGAAUGUGAUGCUACCGAGAACAUUUCUACACAAACGCAGCUUCCUCAAAGUGACUAUGACUUGGCGGAAGACCCGAGUGUCUCCACGGCUAAACAGGAGCCUGUCGCUUCAGGUCCAAAAUCAACCAAUGAAUCAAGUGAUUAUGGACUGGUGUUCAUCCACUCAGGCCACAAUAUGCAGGGAAGGCAGGAAGAUGGUAGGGGUGUCCGCUCGACUCCUCAAGGGGAAGAGCAUCACGUUUGCUUGGUUUGUGGCAAGACAUUCAGCCGCGAGGGGAACCUGCGGAUACAUCUGAGGUGCCACACCGGAGAGAAACCGUACCGCUGCCUGACAUGUGGCCGCUGCUUUAGUCAAGCCGGAGACCUGAAGAAACACAAGCGCAUUCACACCGGAGAGAAACCGUACCGCUGCCUGACAUGUGGCCGCUGCUUUAGUCAAGCCGGAGACCUGAAGAAACACAAGCGCGUUCACACGGGAGAGAAACCAUACUGCUGUACUCAGUGUGGGAAAAGCUUUAGCAGAGGAGAGAACCUCAAACGCCAUCAGAAGAUUCACAUCGGAGAAACAUAACAUCUCCAGCAAUCAGGGAGAGAUCUGCAGAAAAACUAGUGUUGACAGCAAUAUAAAUUAAAGUCAGUUUUGUGUACGCUAGUGUGCUGCUGAACACUUUUAGCAUGUGAUUAAAAAUGUGGAUUAUUUAAUAUAAUGUAUACACAUUUUUGUCAAAAUAAAAUUAUGUUGUAGAUUGACCUUCAGCCUCUGGCUUGCAAAGUAGCAAGUCGUGAUCUUGCUGAGCUGCGACCUAAAACUAAAAAUAUUAGCAUUUACAAAAAAGGGACAAGCCCUGUGAUAUUUAUCACCCCCAACUUCCUGUUUCAUUAGGAAAUAUGACAAUAUUGGUAAGAAAUGUAUGUUUGUCAGAUCUUUUUAUGGGGUCUUUAAGUAAAGGCAUUGGAUAAAUAUGAAUAAAACAGUACUGUAUCAUUGAAAUAGACUGACUGCAGGAUUUUUUAAUGAAGUGCUUAUCAUGAUUAAUUUCUUCUUAUUAUUAUUCGUAUUAAUUCCAUAGCAAUAAGGUCAAUUGAAUGUGAUUGCUAAUUUUACUUCGACUAAUAAUGCAGAAGUUAGAAGUUCCCUGUUCUGCUGGAUGUUAUUUCAGUAAUGCAUUUUAUGUUUUACACCAGUAAUUUACUUUUAGCUUGUAAUACAGUAAAUCAUUAUUUUUCUAUUUCAAAUGAAUUGGUUUGGUUGUUUGUAAUCGUGCAUAUCAUGAAGUGAUAUACACACUUAGUUAUGUCUACAUGUACGGUAUUUCACUUGGGUGAAUGCAGAACCUUAAUGUAACCUUUAACCGAAGUGGGCCUAUUACUCAUCCACUGUAAUUCAAGAAUAAAUCAU